GAAAUCCUUUCUGCAAAUAACAGCAAGCUUCACUCUAUAUUCUAGUUAGUGCAUUGAUACUUUUCACGAAGUGCAAAUAGUGAAGCUUAAUUCUUUCUAACUUUUGGGUAUAUAUGCAUAUUUCUAAUGCAGAAGGUAUUAAUUGGCCUUUUGCUCUUCUGCUUUGCUGUAUCUACUAUAGUUGUUGAAGGUGCACGUCCAUCAAUUCUUAACGUAGUUGAUUUCGGUGCCAUUGGAGAUGGCCAAACUAAUGAUUCCAUGGCUUUUCUACAAGCAUGGAAUGCUUUAUGCGAAGCUACGACGGCUCCACUCCUCAGGGUACCUGCAGGGAAGACAUUUUUAUUGCAACCUGUGAUAUUUUCAGGUCCCUGCUCGUCUAGUAGGGUUCGUAUUCAGGUUCUUGGGAGCAUAGUAGCACCUAGAAGUAGAGAUGCUUGGAAAAAUGGGACAUCAGAAAGCUGGUUAUCAUUCUCACAAGUUCUCAAUCUCACUAUUUCUGGUACCGGACAAAUUGAUGGUCAGGGCUCAGCUUGGUGGACCCAUCCACGAUCUAACCAUUUAAAGGAAAUGUAUAAGAAUUACAACAGACCCACUGCUCUACACUUUAGCCAAUGUGACAAUCUUAUACUAAGGGGUCUCACUCAUAUUAACAGUCCCAGAAAUCAUAUAUCAAUAAAUUCUUGCAUUGGUGUGAUUAUCUCUCAUCUUAAUAUAAUUGCACCCAAGGAAAGCCCUAAUACAGAUGGAAUUGACAUCUCUCGUUCAAGCUAUGUUAAGAUUCGAGACUCUAACAUUUCAACUGGGGAUGACUGUGUUGCUGUCAAUGGUAAUUCCUCCUAUAUCAGAAUUAUCAAUGUUGUAUGUGGUCCAGGUCAUGGCAUCAGUGUGGGAAGUUUAGGAGCAAAAGGACUUACUGAUACUGUGGAAGAGGUGCAUGUCCGCAAUUGUACUUUCAACAGAACUCAAAAUGGAGUUAGAAUCAAGACAUGGCAGGGCGGACAAGGGUUUGCAAGGAAGAUCUCUUUUACGCAAAUCACAUUAAUAGCAUCUGAAAAUCCUGUAAUAAUCGACCAGUAUUACUGCGACGGGGAACAAAACUGCAAAAAUGGGACAACAGCAGUAGCAGUGAGUAAUGUAAUAUACAGUGAUAUUAAAGGAACUUCAGCACAAAAGGAAGCGAUUAGAUUGGAUUGCAGUGAAAUAGGCUGCACCAACAUUGUAAUGAAUAGAAUCUAUAUAGCCCCAUCAGCACCAUUAGUUCAUCAGACUGAGGCCUAUUGCCAAAACGUCAGAGGAACUUCUAACAAUGUAACACCUAAUGUCAAUUGCCUUUCAGGAUCAUGA